AGGGAGCUGCUCCUUCGUGGAAGGUCCCAAAGGGCCAAGCAAAAGCAAAGAAGGCCAAUCCUAACGCCAGAUGUAGUGAUUGGAGGGGGCCAUUCAUGUUCUCAAGUGCAUAACACUCUUCAUAUGUCAAUACUCCACAUAAUCCAAUUGGAUGGCAGUAGUCCUGUGCUAAUUACGAGUAAGCACAAAGCUAGCUAAGGGCUCACAAGUCGCAAAGUAUCACAUGUUGAGGGUAUCAUUGGAUCAUGAAACGAUGCUCGUUGGCUUCAACGUGCCUACUAUCAUCUUUGCUUUUAUUCAUAUGCAAUUUUUUCUAAAUGGGCUUGGCGAGAAAUAUUAAAAAAGCAAAGGCCAUGGGAGAAGCUCAGCUGUGACCCCAUUUCAAAGGGCAACAAAAAGGAGUAUUUGAAAAAUGAACAAACAGAUGGUGAAGUGAGAUACCAAUAAAAAAGGAUGAAAAAGCAGAUGAAAGCUGUCAAUCUCUUCCCUCCUUUUCUUUUAAUACCAUCCAUCUCUCUCAACAUUCCUCAAAACCCAUUAUACCAUAAGCUUAAUCAUUCUCAAGAUCUGAAAGCGAGAACCGGCACGAAGAAGAAAGUGAUCGAGUGGCUUCAAACACAAUAGAGAGAAAUCAACAUGAAAGCAAGGGAAGUCAACAAGGGAGCUCCAUCAGCAGAUCUGUUGGUUUGUUUUCCUUCUAGAGCCCAUCUAGCCUUGCUGCCCAAACCUAUUUGCAGUCCUGCAAGACCAGCAGAGCCCAGCAAGCGCCACCACAACCACCGUCAUAACCACCAGUACCACCACCACCCUCUAAAGAAAUCUAGCACUAGGGGUGGGGGUGGUGGCCAAGCCAGCCCUCUUCUAUGGGCCAAAAACAAGCAAAUGGGCUCGGAGAUUGCAGAACCAACUUCACCGAAGGUCACCUGUGCUGGGCAGAUCAAAGUCAGUCACAAGGCCGCUGCAUGCAAGAGCUGGCAAUCAGUCAUGAAAGAGAUUGAAAGAAUUCACAACGGGAAACACAAGAAAAGAUCCUAUUGGAUGGAUUCUCUUGGAUUCAAGAAAGAUAUAAUGCAAUUCUUGACAUGUUUAAGAAACAUAAGAUUCGAUUUUCGAUGCUUGGGGUCCAUUCCUCAUUCAGAUAUCACUACAGAUGAUGAUGAAGAGGAUGAAGAAUGCCAGGAAAAUAGCGGUGGAGCUGCGGCAAGUGAUGCCAAUGAGGCUUCAAGAACCAUGUUUUCUAAAUGGUUCAUGGUGUUACAAGAGAAUCAAAACAACGAAUUUUGCAAAGAAAAGAUAAAGGAAAAGGAGAAAGAGAAGUCCUGUGGCGACGAGUCUACUGCUACACCUUCCGUUCCUCCUCGCAAUGCUCUGUUGCUUAUGCGGUGCCGGUCUGCUCCUGCAAAGAGCUGGCUAGAAGACAAAGUAAAAGAAGAAGAUGAAGAAGAAGAAGACGACGACGAGGAGGAAGAAGCAGAAGAACAAGAAGAGGAUAUGAAAACAGAAGAGAAGAAAGGAAAGAAGUUAAAGGCUUUAAUGGAAGAAGGAAAAAGAAACACCAAGAAAGAGAGCUUGGUGGUGAUGAGAUAUGACACCGAAUUCCGCAAAAUUUCAUCUGAUAUAGCAAAAGAAACAUGGGUUGUUGGUGGAAUGGGAGAUCCAUUCUCAAGAAGUCGAAGCUGGAAGAGAUGACGAGCUUCGUACGAAACUGGCUUUUCCAUUUCACAAUUUAAUUGAAGUAAUUUUAAACUUUUUUAUGUUCAAUCAUUUUUUGUGAACUUCUUUCGAGAGAAUUUUUUUGUAGGUUCUUGUGUGGGAAUUGGGAAAACCUAUCCCAAUCAGGAUUUACAGCUUUGUUUUGCUGGUUUAUUAUAAUUUCGUACAGCUCUUCUUUCCUUUUCCCCUGGAAAGGCCAUGUAUGUAUAUCUUGUGUUUUAUUUUCCUAUUUAAUUACCUUUACUCAAUUGAGAAUCUAAUUUGAUCUUUAUGAAGCUUAUAUAGCU